AUGAAGAUUGCCUGCAACACUGCGCCGAAGUAUCCUGAACUAGCGAACGGCUACGUCGAGAUGGGAGAGCGUCGCUGGUCUGGUGUCACAACCCAGGAAGCUGUCCGCGAGGGCACCUGUUUCGGUCCCCUGCCGUCCAGCAUAGGAGGCCUGGACCCACUCGCUUCCAUGGCAUGGUUCUGCACCGACAGGACGCCGACACCAACAAAUACCAUAAAGGUUUCGCCCAAGGAAGAUGAUGCGAGCCAGUGGCUGUGUCAAGUGACUCCCGCGCGAGGCCCUCACGAGCAAACAGUGGAGGUGAUCGCUCAAGACGGCCAACUUUUCCUGCGUGCAAUGCGCGAUCUCCAUCGUGGUGACCAACUUCUUGCCUGGUUCGGCAAAGAGCUAGCCAACGUCCUUCGUCUACCCGAGAUCACACCCACGCUCGUCGACGGUGACAAAGCCUACCAGUGUGCAUUGUGCAACGAAGCCUUCUGCUUCCCGUUCCCCGUCAUCUCCCACCUGAUGUAUCGCUGUCCCGCUAGGAAUCCAGGCAGUCUCCUGGGAACCAGUCCUGAGCGGCAGCAUCCUGCGCCGAUGUCCAGACGUGUAAAGGGCUUCGACAUUGCAUCGUUGACCGACACCGCCAUCGAAAGUCCUAAUACGCCGCCUCCAUCGGAACACUUGUCUGCCGACCGUCUCACCCCUCCGGACUCCGAACAGACGGCCCUCAUUUCGCGGCGGAAACCAUCACCCGAUGCUCCCGCGUUACCCGACGUCAAACGUCCGUCCCUCGCGGAUCAACUCCGAGCAUCAAUCGCUGAAUCAAAAUCGUCGCAGAGAGCAUUAGACCGGCACGCGUCCCCGCCGGACCAGGACUUCAAGCCCAACGAUCUGUCUCGUAAAAGAAAGUCCGAGGACGACCCGACAUCCUUUCCGCCACAAAGCGCUUUCAAGAAGGUCGAUAAGACGGAUCGUACGGCACCUCAGGGCCUAGGUGUCUCUGCCUCAUUCCCUUACCCUCUCCCUGGACUGUGUCCACCUUUCCUGACAAUGUCCACACUGGACAGCCGCCUUAAGAGUGACGAAGACGGCGGCCGGAGGUUCCUUGCUGCAGCCUACCCGCCCCUGGUGCCAUAUAUGCCACCGUCCCUGGCGGCCUUGUCGCUUCCAUCGCAGAACUGGUGCGCGAAGUGCCAGGCCAGUUUCCGCAUGACCAGCGACCUGGUGUACCAUAUGCGGUCGCAUCACAAGCGGGAAGUGGACCCGGCCAAGAAACGCAGGGAGGAGAAGCUGCGAUGCCACAUUUGUCACGAGACCUUCCGCGAGAGACACCAUCUCACGCGGCAUAUGACUUCGCAUCAGUGAAGCAUACACUUCCUGUAGAGACGAUAUUAUAAUCUGGGUGCUACGUUCGUGUACCUUCUGUGUGCAUUUAGAACACAUUUCCAUCAGAAGACGUUCCGGAAGCGGUGACUUUGAAGCAUUUUUUGUUCCUGUACCGAAAGGGUGAGGGAACCGAUCGCUGGAACCGAUGUACAGAGAUAUAUUGUUAGUCUUGAUCUUACUGACGCUUGCCAGACUUUCCAGGUUCAGCAUGAAGUGAAAGAGCAUGUACACACGGCUUCUAGUCAGACGAAUGCUAUACAGGUGUACAUCUGCCAAAAAAUUGCAACAACUUUCUACCAGUGCAGCGGCCAGAAGUUGUUGCAUUGAAGUCUUCAAGUGAUAACGUUAUAGUGCAGUACCGUAGCUACCUUAAAGUGCCACUACGGACUAAAAAACAUGUUUUCAGAUGUCGUUUUCUAAGUCAACCUCGUUCGAAGGAAAGAAAACGCAAUAAAAUGGUGUCUGCGAACAUUGCAUACCUCAACAGAUUUUCGAGAGAGACCGCGAAAUCUCGUAGUUUCGGAUUCUGCAUGAGUAUAUGACGUCACCGCAAGCUAUGGAAUGUGUCGUGUGUAACGGCACGCUCACACAACUGGGUCUCUGCUCUUCACCUCACACUGAAAGAAUGCCAGCAACUGCAGUGAGGAGGCGGAAAUCGUUUUUCGAGGAGCAAUGUUGUCAGACGCCUGGCAGAUUACACACCCUAUGACGUCAUACUUCUCAAAACUAGAAAAUACUUUCAUGACGCGUUCCCGUCAGGCUGUUUCGGGAGAAUAUAAUGCAAGACAGGUGGAUUGCAGUGCCAUAAAUUAGAC